AGAGAGAGAGAGAGAGAGAGAGAGAGAGAGGACACCGCGCAACGGCAACCUGAGACGCGUGUCCUCCCUCAGUGCGAACGGGAACUUUGAUGAUUUGACGGUGAAACCGAUGGAAACGUGGAGAUGAUGUUCCAGUCCUUGAUGAUGGAUUCGUCUUUCAGCAUGUCUAGCUAUGCUGUCCUUGUGCUCGUCUCCUAAUAGACAGCUGAUUCAUUUCUCUCCUCAAGUACUUCUGCUUUACUACAGCUUUGGUGAUUGAACACUUGAGACGGCGUGAAGAACAGUGAAGGAAGCGGGGCGCAUUGUUCAAUUUUUCAAAUAUCAUUAGCCUAUUAUAAAGGACUUCCAGUUCAUACGGGAUUCGUGAUGUCUGCAACAUACCGCUCCUUGUUCCUCUUGCUGUUGAGUUUGCUCUCGACUGGGGCUCAGACCGAGAUGAAGAGGGUUGUCGGGGACAACGCCACAUUGCCUUGCUAUCACCAGUUCUGGCAGUCGAAUGGACAAACACUGGACAUCGAGUGGCUCCUGCAGAAACCUAACAUCAAACAGCGUGUGAUCAUCACAUUCUUCAACAAUGAGGUCUACACCAACGACAACCAUGCCAGUCGUCUGUCCUUCGCGGGCGACUACCUGAACGGAGACUCCUCUCUCCUCAUCAGUGAUCUGCAGCUGACGGACUCUGGAGAAUACCACUGUAAGGUCAAGACUGGCGGAAAAUACCACUGGAGCCAAGUCAACCUCAUUGUGCUGGUGAAGCCCUCUAAACCCCGCUGCUGGAUGGAGGGCCGGCUUCUGGAGGGCAGCGAUGUGAAACUGAGCUGUAAGUCUUCAGACGGAUCUGACCCCAUUCAGUACAAAUGGGAGAGAGUGCUGGAUAAAGGCAAGAGUGUGGGAAAACUGCCUCCCCUCGCCCUCAUCGAUCUGAAGAACCCAGAGAUCGUGACCUUGAGGAACUUGACGCAGGACAGCUCCGGGGUCUACAAGUGCACCGCCAGCAACGAUGUAGGAGAGGAGAACUGUAUCAUCGAGGUCACAAUGCAAUAUGUGCGAGGCAUUGGUGUGGUGGCUGGCGCUGUGGUUGGCGUUUCAUUCGGCGUUCUCCUCCUCAUUCUCAUCAUCUGGCUGGUCUUCCGCAAGAAGGAGAAGAAGAAAUAUGAGGAGGAGGAGACACCUAAUGAGAUCAGAGAGGAUGCAGAAGCUCCAAAAGCCAAGCUGGUGAAGCCCAACUCCCUGUCCUCGUCCCGCUCUGGAAGCUCCCGCUCCGGUGCUUCCUCUACACAGUCCAUGGUGCACAACAGCGCACUCCGAAGCCAACGUCCACGGCCACCCGCUGUCGCCGCUCUCAAGGAGAACGGACAGCCCCACGGCUUCCCCCAGUCUCCCCCGGCCUACACGCAGGUCGUGCCCAAAACCCCAGAACCCCCUGCCACCCCAAAGUUCAGACCCCCGAAUCCUCCGGUGGGCAUGGCCAUCCCGGCGGGAGUCAUGGUCCCUGCUCAAAGCAAGGCCUUUCAGACAGUGUAGAGAGUAAAGGAAACGCAGCCUGAUGCAGGCCUCUGUACAAGACAACACACAGUGACUCUUCCAAAAGUUGCAUCUACGAUUGGAAAAAAACCCUAUAAAAUAAAAACAUAAUUAAAGGAUGUACGUAAAAAUAAACUCAAUCAUAUAUCACAAAUCUAAAAAGUUGAAUGCAUAUUUACAAGGGAAAAUACAAAGUGCUUGCCCCCCUACUGAAGUAUUAAAAGAAAACAAGACAGGAACUGAAGAACAAGAAUUUUUUAUUCUCAUUCUUUGGUUCUCUCUACUUCUUUUGAUCUCAUGGUGCAGUCUGACCCUUUUUUCACUUUAUUUGUUUCCCUUUUUGAACUCUUGAAGGCAGUGGGGUGGAAAGAUUUCCCCAAGUGCAGUUUAUUUAUUUAUUGAAUCAGAGAGGUCAAAGGACCAAGGGCAGGCUGGGAUGAUGAAACACGAUGGGGAGGGGAAGGUCCAGCGACUGCCCCCAUGAAGA